CAGCUGUCACGCGUAAAAAUAUUGCAAAAAAGUGGGGAGCAGCGACGAGCUGAGUUUGAUUCGCGUAAAAUAUCUCCGCGGAAUCGAGACUUUGCCCAGCAGCAGAUUGUUUGUUUGGAUGACGAGGACGACUCUUCAGUGACUGUGUAAAAAGAAGGCUCGCGUGCGCGACAAUGACCAGCGGCCGUCGACGGUAGUGCUCGCGAGAAUCGGUCCCGUUCGCUCAAGCUUUCCCGGAGCUGUUCCGUCCUUCCCGUGUGUGUGUGUGUGUUCAUGUACGUGUGAGCGGUUCCUCGGUUCCGGUGACCAUGUACUGCUUGCAAUGUCUCAUUCCGGUUCUGUUGAUUCCGAAACCGACGAACCCGGCCCUGAUGCAAACACACGUCAUGUUUAUUGUGCUGUACUUGAUCGGGUUCUUCCUGGAACGGAAGCCCUGCACCAUCUGCAGUCUGGUGUUCCUGGUGGCCGUGUUUCUGAUCUGCAACAGCGGGCUGGGAAACUGCAUCUUUUGGAGCAACUGCGAAGGCCACCAGUGCGAGAAUGGCUAAGGCCAAGGCCGAGCGGCGGCGAUGACGAUGAUGGCGCAGGAGAGGGAAGAGGCGGCAACAAUUGCGUAACCACAAUAUGUAUCUGCUAUUGCGAGCACGUGCGCCCAAAACAACAAGGUGCGGACCUACCUUAAAUGAAAGAAAAAAAAUAAAACGAAGAAAAAUACUAGCAAAACAAAAACAGCAACACCCAACAGUGAGAACGAGACUCAACCAAAGUUUGUAUUCUAGUUGUCUUUUUUUUACUAAAUGUGAACAUGUUGGAGAAAGCGGAAGGGAAAAUAGUAAAACAAUAGCCAUUUUUAUCUGGGUCAUUCGUCGUAGUGUGGUCGUAGGUUGGUCGGUUCUCUUCUGUGAAAUGUGAAAUCGACUUUGCGGAAACUAAAAUUAAAAAAAAAUGCAGCUCAGAAUGUCAACAUUAGUGUUGAGCUAAAGAUCACCAAAAUUAAUAAACUAGUUGUGAGCAACAAUACUUCUAUUUUAGCAGUCGAAAGUUAUCGUUCUUGUGCCCUAGUUUGAAACAGAAUCCGAAGUUGUGAACAAAAUUGUAACAAAAUAUAUGCAUAAGUGAAUUAAGUACGUAGACUAGGCGUUUAGGCUAAAGUAAAACAAAUUAUGUGAAAAUAAACAGACCGUUUAACUCGUCCCGAAUAAAUCAAAACAAAAUCCCCACUUUUGCGAAGCAUUGUGUAAAUACUAUUGAACAUAUAUUUCUUGUAAUAUUUAUUUUUGUAUUAACUUUGAGAAACCUUAGGUUAGCGUGUUGAAAAUUUGAAAACUACAACUUACUGCUAGGAACUAAGACGAAACCAUCAAUAAACUCGUGUAAAAUCAGUCAUAUUUUAAG